AUGGUCAGAUCCUGUGUAAAAAUUUGGGACAACAGCGAUAUCCGUCAGGCAAAACCUUUUAUUGACGAUGAUGUGGUCAAUUUCAGUAGGCACCCUCUACCGGGUGACUCCCACGUCCAGAGUGGAGAGAAUUGGAAUUGCGAGUUCCCAGCUCCAGAAUUGCGAGUUCCUAUGGAUGGUCUUAGUCGUCAUGAUGAAGUCGGAGAGCCUCUCCCCCUGUUCGUUCCAUUGAAGGCCGUGGGUCUUGAUGUGAAGUUUCUCAGGCGUCCUUCUGUAGCCAAUCUUGGCGUUAAAACCACCAAUUAUGACUUUGCAGAAGGUAUGGUCUUCUCCGCAGAACUUCUCUAG